UAAUCAUGUGUAGGCUGUAACACGCUCUUCCACUGCGCGUAUAAUAAGAAACUUAUGUUACUUGGAGGCAUCUCCAUCACUUUACCACCACUCCAAAAUUCCUGUACCUGACGCCUUUCCCCCUCCUCGCACUCCUCCAUUCUUCCCUAUAAAAAGCAAAGUUUAAAGGCUAUAGAAACCAAAUUCUCUCACUCGAAACCUUUACACAACCAAAAUAGUCUCUCCGGAAUUAUCUACACCAGUACCUGAAACAGUUUCCUAUGGGAGAUUGUAACAACGGUGACCUAUUACCGAGCUACAACUACGGCGCGGCUCCGUUCGACGACCGGCGGUUCUCCAAGCAUAUUCAUGAUAAUGUUCACGGCAACAUCUAUCUCGAUCGCCAAUCACUGAAGUUCAUUGACACUGAACAAUUUCAGAGGCUUCGCGAUUUGAAGCAGCUAGGUCUUACAUACAUGGUUUAUCCUGGGGCUGUGCACUCUCGGUUUGAGCAUUCCCUAGGGGUCUAUUGGCUGGCCAGUGAUGCUGUACAUAGACUUAAGACCUAUCAAGGACUGGAGCUUGGCAUUGAAUCUUUUGAUGUACAGACUGUGAAACUUGCUGGAUUACUACAUGAUGUGGGUCAUGGGCCAUUCAGUCACAUGUUUGAGCGUGAAUUUCUUCCUCGGAUUUGUGACGGCAUUAAAUGGUCCCAUGAAGAUAUGUCUUUGAAGAUGAUAGACUACAUUGUUGAUGAGCAUAGCAUUGAUAUUGAUUCUGACACUCUGAAGAAAGCAAAGGAAAUGAUAGUUGCUUCUGAGAAAGGUAAAUCAGUGAGCUCGAAAGAGAAGCAGUUCUUGUAUGAUAUUGUUGCUAAUGGGAGAAACGGAAUAGAUGUUGACAAAUUUGAUUACAUAGAGCGUGACACCAGGGCUUGUGGCCUUGGGUGCAAUUUUCAGUUCCAGAGGCUAAUGGAAACAAUGCGUGUUAUAGACAAUGAAAUAUGUUAUCGGGCAAAAGAAUAUCUUACAAUCCACAAGCUAUUUUCCACUCGUGCUGAUUUGCAUCGUACAGUCUAUACGCAUCCAAAAGUGAAGGCAAUAGAGCUCAUGGUUGUAGAUGCCUUGAUAAAAGCCAAUGACCAUCUUCAAAUUGCUUCACACAUCGAUGAACCAGCUCAGUACUGGAUGUUAGAUGAUACAAUAGUCAAAACAAUUGAAACUUCUACCCAUCAAGAGCUAGAGGAAUCCAGAAAUCUGAUUCGUCGAAUUCGGAGGAGGGACAUAUACCAGUUCUGUAAUGAGUUUGCUGUGCCCAAGGAGAAUCUGGAGCAUUUUAAAAAUGUUACGGCUCAAGACAUAAUUUGUUCCCAGAAUUCUGAUGCUCAUUUGAGUGAGGAAGAUGUCAUUGUUACUAAUGUCAAAAUUGAUUUGACUAGUGGAAAGAAUAAUCCAUUGGAAAGGAUCAGCUUCUUCCAGGAUUAUGAUAGCUUUGAAAAAUCCCAUAUAAAGGAUGAUCGCAUCAGUCACUUGUUGCCUGCGUGUUACCAGGAUAUGAUUGUUAGAGUUUAUACCAGAGAACCUAAACUGGUAGAAGCUGUUUCCAAUGCAUUUGAGAAUUUUCAGAUGAAGACUUAUGGGAAGAAAACGCAAGUGCAUGCGACUCCUGAAAAAAAGAGACGCCUGAAGUACAAGGAGAAAUAAAUGCCUAUACAUCUGCUUCUGGACAGAUUUACAUUCUGUGAAUCCACAUGAACCAUAGAUUCUCACUUUCUUAUUUUAUAGAUGUGCAGUCCAUGUGUAUGGCUAAACUGAUAUCCUUUUGGUUGACUUGUAAAAAAGUCUAGAUGCAUGAAGUCGUUGCUUGUUGAUAUUGCAAAUAUAGGUUCUGUAAUGGCACCGGAAGAAUGGCGUUGGUCACAUGUUUGGUAUGGAGGAAAAUAUGUAUGUCAAGUUUUCUCUGUUUGGUUGCUUAAAUGAGGAAAAUAAAUUUCCUAAUGAAAGUAGGGAAACAAGUUGC